UAAGAAUACAAGUGAAGACAAUUGUGAAUGUAUCUAAAGACAAAAAACCUAUAGAAUCUCUUUGUAAAAUCUGAGUACUGUACAAUAAAGAAUUCAUUUGCAAAAAGGUCAAUCAAUUAUCUUAGACUCCAUUGUUCUUUCAUUUCCACAUCAAUCAUUCUUUGUUCUUGUUCUCUUUUCUUCGAUCUUCUUGACUUUCUGAUGCUAGACAUUCUAUUCCUGACUACUGUUAUAUAUUCUUUAUGUUGAUAUAAGUAGAACGUACCAUACUAACUAGCACCUCAGUUCUAGGCUCACACCAGUUUCCGCAGAACAGCACACUUCCCCUUUCCUGGUAAGCAGCGACACCAAAUGUACUGAACGAGAACACAAAUGGGAACAAUCGAAUGUGUUUGAACACGAAAUUACAGAACAUCUUAGUAAAAUGUGAGAGCCAUACAGUGAAUACUCAAUUUGCAAAAAUGUCAAUCAAUUGUCUCAAACUUGACUGUUCCUUUUGCAAAUAUCAGUGAAUUGUCUCACACUCCAUUGUUCCUGCAUUUCCAUGCCAAUUGCUUUCUGUUCCCGUUCGUUCCUCCUCGAUAAUCUUGACCUUCUACUGCCAGACAUUCUAUUCCUGACUAGCGUAAUAUACUACUAAAUUGGCACACACAUCACACCAACUGACACCUCAGUUCCAGGCACGUAUUGGUGUCCGUAGAGUAGCACCUUUCUCCCUCCUGAUUGUCAGUGACAUCAAAUGUAGUGAAUGAAAAUACAAGUGAGGACAAUCGAAUGUAUUUAAAGGCAAAAAUUACAGAAUCUCUUUGUAAAAUCUAAGAGAACUAUACAGUAAAUACUUCAUUUGUAAAAUAUCAGUCAAUUGUCUUACACGUCAUUUUUUCUGCAUUUCCAUAUUAAUUAUUUUCUGUUCGAUCAUCUUGCCAGACAUCCUAUUCGUGACUAUAUACUACUUAUGUCGAUAUAAGUAGCACACACCACACUUUCAGUACUAAGAUGUAGUUAAAAAUUUUCAACUAGAAAAUUAUUAGGACUUUAUAUAAUAAUUCAUUUACAAAAUCUUAGAAUUACUAAAAGGAGGCAUUAGUUUAUAGUUACUAACUUCUAGUUUUAAUCACUUAAACAAUGAACACAACAACUGGACUCAAAACUCUAUCAAAAUCAUCCAUCUGAGCUACAAAUCUUCUUCAUCAUCUUGAAAUCAUAUGAAUUCAAAACGUUCAAGAAUGAGAAAUGAAAGAUCUAUGAGUGUGAAACUGAAAACUUAAUGGUAUCAACUCAUUUCAGUCGAAGAUUCAAUACAAUAUACAAUAUAAUUAUCUGAUUUUUUUACUGUUGGGGAGAUACAAAAAAUUCCUUGGGAAAAGCCAAGAAAAGCUAUGAAAACACUGAGUAGCAUCUUAUCCAAUCAGUAUUCAUUAGAAUUUAUACUAGAAACAUCAGUUACUAUCUUACUUCUUGGAAUAAUUGAAGUAUUUAUGGUUAAUUCUGAUUAUAUUAAAACUUGUGGAACCCAUUUUGAUAUUAUCAGUUUGUUUAUGAUUAACGUCCAGAAAUUAUUGAACAUUUGGAUAAUGAAUCUAAUUUCUUUUACUUGUUUACCUUUUAAUUCAUUAUCACCUAGCAACAAUUUGAAGGGGAAUAUUUAUGUUUAAUUUACAAAAUAAACACUGAAUUAUUUGUAGAAAUGUUCCUAUUUAUUAAGCAUAUAAUGAAAUAAAAUCUUGGAGAAUUAAAAAAAAUUAACUGUUUUCUACACUAACUUAAAGCAGACACAUUAUGUACAUUGAAUAAUCAUUAAGUAGUUACCGAUGCAAUGUUUAGCUAAUCAUCAGUGCUGAUCGAAUAAUACUGGUCAGUUAUCAGUAUUUUGGUGUGUGCUACUUAUAGUAUAUGGUGUUAGUCGUGAACAGAAGGUCUGGCAGCAGAGAGACAAGAGGAUCGAACAGUAAAGAAUCGAAACAGAAUGCAAUGCAAGAACAAUGAAUUCUGAGUUAUUUUGAGACAAUCGGUGGACAUUUUGCAAGUUAAGCAUUUACUUUAUGAUUGUUAGAUUUUAUUAACAAGUCCUGUAAUUUUGUGUUAAAUAUAUUCGAUUGUCCCCACCCGUGUUCUGUUCACUACAGUAUGAUCUUUGUUCUAGAUGAUAAGCAAUAACAUGCAAUUAGAUGGUUAGAGAAAAUUAGUAGGAAUCAUUAAAUAUUGGUUUGUUGACACUUACCCUGGUCAACAUGGCAUACCUACAAUUUUAAAUAAACCAAUGCUUGCCCUUUGUAUUGUAAUCCAAGUCAUUCAACUUUACAAUAUGAAAUUUCACUCGGCAGCGAUUGAUCUUUUCUAUGACAUAUAUCUAUAUUUAUUUAUCAUAUAGUGGUAACUAAAAUCAGUCAGCAGAAAACUGAGUUUCAUCGAAAUUUACACUAAAUUGGUCAACGUCAACUAUCAUGAAUCAUAAAUUCAGGGUUUCCAACCAAUUACUUUCAAUCAUCUAAUAAUAUAUAAUUAUCAUCUAUUUCAUUAAGGAGAUAACGUCUUAAUAAUAUUAUAUAGCUGAUCCGUUCUCCUGUAAUUAUCAUUAUUUAACAUUAUAAAGUACGCAAAGUACUUCGGAUCCGUUGUCCGGACACUAUUAUCAACAACAAACUGUGGGAAAUAACAAACCAGAUCCCAGCGGAGGAAGAAAUUAGUAAGAGGUGCUGGAAGUGGAUAGGAUACACAUUGAGGAAAGCACCCAACUACGUCACAAAACAAGCCCUCACACGAAAUCUUCGAGGCCAAAGGAAAAGAGGAAGACCAAAAAACAUAUUACGCCGGGAAAUGGAGAUAGACAUGAGAAAAAUGAACAAGAAUUGGAUGAAACUAGAAAAGAAGGCCCAGGACAGAGUGGGUUGGAGAAUGCUGGUCGGCGGCCUAUGCUCCAUUAGGAGUAACAGGUGUAAGUAAGUAAGUAAGUAAGUAAGUAAAUAACACUAUAAAUAUAUCAUCACUCUGGUCAACUGACAAGGUAGCUUUUCACUAUCUCUCUAAUGGAAAUACAUAUUACUUGUGACUUUAUUUUUUUUAUUCAUAAUUAGAACGUCUUAUUUUGUUAACCUUAAAAAAUUUAGAAUUUCAAAAAGUGAAAACGAGAGAUUAUGCAAAACUACGUGGAUUCAUUUCAAGUUUAGCUGUCAAAGGAUCUCCAUAUCGAUUAUUUAGUCGAGGAAAUAAACAGUCAUUGAUUACUGAGCCAGAGAAGAAUAAUAUCGAUGUAUACGGCUUAUUAAAAAAACAUUGGACCACUUUGUAUUCAGCACAUAGAAUGACGUUGGUUGUUCAAUCGAAAGAUUCUUUGAACAAAAUGGAGAGAAUUGUUCGAGAGAACUUUUCGAAUAUACCUGCAAAAAUUCUCAACAAAAAGUAUUUCAACAAAUUUACGUUUCUUAUUUCUUGAUCGAUCCUGAUGAUAAAUAUUGAGUGAUCGCCAAUUAGAUGUUAGCAGUUUACGAAUCGACAUUUGAAUAAUGUACAUUCCUUUCAAUAUAUACGGCUAGCAACCACAAUGUCUCUGAUUGUUCUCGUUCCUAACUUGUACAGCAAAAGAUCGUGAACUUUUCACAAACGUACCUGAAUAGGUUGUGCAAUUAAUUGACAUAAUGAUCUGUUGAAACAAAUCAAAGAUAGAUUACUUGUCGAAAUAUAUCUAGAUGAGAGGAACAGCUGGAUCAGAUAUUCAACCACGCCCCCAAUAUAUUUGUGAAACAUCUUAGUAAUAUGCUUUAAAUAAUGAAUUUUUCCAGUCAUUACUUAACUGCUUAAAGAACAGUAUUAUCUUUUUAAAUAUUUUGUUUUUCUAUUACCUUUGAAUGAUAAUAAAUGUAAAUGGUAAUUUUUAUCAUUCAUAGUCGAUCAGUGAAAAUAGAUUUGACAAGAUAUAGAAACAGUUUUGAUUCACCAGAAUUCUUAAAAUUAUACCAUGUUGAUAGUACUCGAAAUAAGGAACAAUUACGUAUGGUUUGGGCUGUACCAAGUGUUUGUACAUUGUAUGAAUCAAAUCCGGUUGCUGUGCUUGCAUAUUUUCUAAGUGAUAAACAUCCAUAUGGUCUUGAAAAUUACCUUAAAAAUAAUCAUUUAGCUACAGAAGUAAAAUGUGAAUUUUCUGCAAUGUCCGAUUUUGAUAAUUCAACAAUUUGUGCUUUAAUUACCAUUUGUAUUGAUUUAAAUGGAACACGUCCUGAUCUAUUCAAAAUUACAAAAAUUGUUUAUGAAUAUUUACGAUUCUUAUCAAAUAAAGCAAAUGAUGCAUGUAUAAAUAAAAAUUCUGAAGAGUACAUUCAUAAUACUACUACUAAUAAUAACAAUAAUAGUAGUAGUAAUAAUACUACUAAUAUUAAAUCAACAUUUGAUUCAUGUGUAAGAGAUUUUCAAUUAACUCAAAAAGAAACAUUUCAAUGUCGUACAAUAUUUGGACCACAAGAAACUGUUAUAUGGAUUGCUACAAUGUUACAUCAUACAUUACCACAAGAUGUACAUUCAGCAUAUUUAACUAUAAAAACACUUGAUUUUCAGGUAAGGCUAAUGAUAAUAAAGUACUAUUAGGUAACAUUAACUAUUGAAUAGUAAAUAUCCAUAAUCCUACCAGAGAAUGAAUUCAGUAAAUGGAGUACUUUUAGUGAGUACGCUAACUAUAAACUAAUACACUGAUACAUAUAUAUAUAAACUCUUUUAACUUGUACUACUACUAUUUACUUAUGUUACUCCUUGUGGAGGAGCAUAGGUCGCCCAUCCAACCCUGUCCUGGAC